ACAGAUUAUAAAAUUAACAAUUGCAAUGAAGAUCGAAUUUUCAUUUUUGCCAUUUCUUGCUUCAGUAUUUUAUGUAGCCAAGUGUGAUGACCCUCCAGGACAUCUACAACCUCUCGGCUCCCAUAUGCCUCCGAUUAAAAUAGAUGUGAUCGAUACUCCACCCAGUCCACAAGAAUUUCUUGAUAAAUAUAUUAAAGAUAAUAAACCAGUCGUUAUCAAAGGUGCUGCAAAAGUUUUUAGCAAUUUCAAUACUUGGAAAGAUGAUGAUUACUUGAGUGCAAAUUACGGUAAAUGGAACGUUCCUACAGAAGUCGGAAAAAUUGAGAUUCAAUUUCCAGAUAUUAUACCAAUAGAGUUUGCAAAUUUCCUCAAAAGCUAUAAAAAGCGGGAUCUCUGCAUUAUUCGGGACAUUGUUUCCGAGAACCCAAUGAGAGACGAACUAUCUUUCAUAAAAUCUAUGUCGUGUGGUGGAUUCCAAGAACGGAUUUCGAAGGUUAUACUCCUAUUUUCAUCCGGUUCUGCUCAAUCGGCAAUACAUUGGGAUAUGCAUGAAAAUAUGCAUUGUUUGCUUGAUGGUACGAAGAAUUGGACAAUCAUUCACAGGAAAGAUCGACAUAUACUCCCGAAGGCGGAUUAUUCGCCCGUAUAUUCUGCAGUUGAUCCAAAGAGUGUUGACAUGUACAAAUAUCCCGUAAUGCAAGAUAUGCCUUGUUAUCAAGCUGUCUUAGAAGCCGGAGAUUGUUUGUUUGUUCCAAAUAACGCACCGCACUACGUGAAAUCAGGAGAUUCGAGGAAUAUGGCUUUUUCUAUCUGGUUCGAUGCCCCGAGGUCCCUCAAUCUAACAGACUGUCCAGAAAAUGAAGCAGACUUGCCUGACUCGGCGCCAAUUGGCCAUAGCGUGAUAUCAGAUUUGGAAGGUGUGAAGGCAUUUAUAUAUACAAUGAUAGAUGAUAGAAGUGAUAAACUGUCCGUCAUCACGUUUGACGAAAUGGUUCGCUCAUUUGGUGCAGACGAAGAGACUCCGUCGGAACUUCGUGACGCACUCGACACGGAUAGAGACGGUUUUAUUACCGCAGAAGAGAUUGAAGCUUUAACGGAUGUCACAGAUGAGAUGUGGUCGGGAUUUUUAUUUGACACAGAUCAAUACGAAGAGGUAGAAGACUUGGGCAAAAGUAAACAAGAAAAAGAGGAAUUAUAGAACUAAAACAUUCAAAAAACUUGAAAUAAGAUUUUGUGAAAAUUACCACCAAUGUAAAUUUAUUUGCGAAGAUAUUAUAGUGCAAACAUUUAUUUCAAUCAAUUGUAAAUAAUAUUAUGAUGGAAUGCGGUGCAAAUUUUGGAAUAAAGAACUGAAUCGAAAAAUUUUGAAAGAAGCGA